AUGUGGAGACAGGUAAUUUCCAGAUUCGGAAUCCUAGAGUUCGUGAUAUCAGACAAUGGGACGCAGUUCAUGGACAAGAAAUUUAGGGAGUUCCUCACGGGCAUGGGGAUAAAACAAAGGUUCUCAUCAGUGGAGCACCCACAGACCAACGACCAAGUUAAAGCUGCAAACAAAGUCAUCCUCCAAGGCUAUAGAAAAGGAUCUGGUCGACGAAUCAAUGGAAAUGCGCACUUGUCGGAGACGGCGCUGAAGCAAAGAAUAGCACUUCGUUACAAUGCUAGAGUGCUAAGGAGGAGUUUCGAGCUAAAUGACCUGGUCCUACGACGCAACAACGUAGGCCUCCCAACCCUCGGGGAAGGGAAGCUGGCGACUAAUUGGAAGGACCAUAUAGAGUGA